AUGUCUCUAACUCAAUUUGUACUUCGUUAUGAAAAAGUUUUGGAGCGUAGACGAUGGUCAGAAUUGCAAAAGGACUUUGAGUGCAAUCAAUCCGCACCUCCUAGAGUAAAAAAACUUGCAGGUAUGGCUGAACAAGUUGCACGAGUAUAUACUCAUGUUACUUUUGCAGAAUUCUAUGAAGAAUUGUUUGAAUAUUUAUGUGUGGCAAUUGAAAAAAUCAAUGAAAAUGACACUUGUUUUUGUUACAAGUUAGUUAAAUCUGGUGAUCAGAAGCAAUAUUUUGUGACAUUUGAAAGUGCAAAUUGCUCUAUUGAAUGUACUUGCAGAAAGUUUGAACCAGUUGGCCUCUUAUGUCUUCAAGCACUGAAAGUACUUAACUUUCACAAUAUUUUUCAAAUACCGUCUCAAUAUAUCUUGAAGAGGUGGACAAAAAAUGCUAAAGAUGGUUUUAGUAUAAGCAACAAUGGCAAACAGGUUUGCAACAAUGGUAAACAAGGAAUAAAUUCCCGUAUGAGUCAAAUAAUGAAGAAAGCCAUUUAUUUUGCAACCAAAGGUGCAUUGACAGAUGAAACAAUCAAAAUGGCUGAAGAUCACUUAGAGCAUGGGAUAAAAAGAUUGGAAUUGAUUUUAAAAAAUACUAGUGGUAUGAUUGAUAAGACUGCAGUUGACUGUAAGACUAGUGAUGAAGAGAUAGAUGAGCAUAACACAUUAAAUUCAAAAAAAGUCUUAGAUCCGCAACUUGUUCGAGCAAGGGGAGUUACAAAUGCUAGACUCAAAAGUCAGCUGUAA